AUUUAAGCAACUGGAGAACUGUAGUGACACUAGUACUCUAUCUUCAGUAGUUUUGUUCAGCUGCGGUGUGUUGCUUUAAGCAGAUCCUCUGGGAUUUGGUUUUCCAGCAACACCAACCCAACGAAAAACACCAGUGUCGUAAAAUAAAUAAAGUGCUUGCACAGUUUUAAUAUCUCAGUUGUUUGAGGACACGAGGAGAACCAAAUAUUGACAAUCAUUAUCUAGGAAAGCAUGUUUAUGAUGAUUAUCCAGCGCGGGUGUGCCAGAGGCAGCGUUUACAGUGCGCAGUGGAUAAAUAACCCUGCUGACCCCCAUGGAGCUAACUAACCCUUAAACUAACUCAGUCAGCAGGAAAAAACCAGCUGGACGAGUGUUCAGAGGUGACAAUGACAGAAUCCGCUGAGGAGACGCGCGCAGAAUCGCUGGAGACCUGAAGGGAACCGACGCGACGCGUCAUCAGAGCGUGGAAAAGUGCCAACUCAUGAUGGUGAGACGGACAGGUGAGCAUCAGUGAGACCUCAUCCGCGCCGCACGCACGCGAUCAUGGGGCGCUACAGCGGCAAGACGUGCCGCCUGAUCCUGAUGCUGGUCAUCACCGUCAUCUUCUUCGUGGCGGAGAUCGUGGCGGGGUACAUGGGGAACUCCAUCGCGCUGGUGUCGGACUCGUUCAACAUGCUGUCGGACAUCCUGUCGCUGUGCGUCGGGCUGACGGCGGCGCGGGUGUCGCGGCGCGCGGGCUCGGGGCGCUUCACGUACGGAAUGGGCCGCGCGGAGGUGGUGGGCGCGCUGGCCAACGCCGUGUUCCUCGCCGCGCUCUGCUUCUCCGUGUCCAUGGAGUCGCUGAAGAGGCUCGCCAUGCCGCAGGCCAUCGAUGACCCGCCGCUGGUGCUGAUCGUGGGCUCGCUGGGGCUCGCGGUGAACGUGCUCGGGCUGCUGAUCUUCCAGGACUGCAGCAGCUGCCUGCGCGCGACGCGACGGAACGACGCUCCUCUGCCGCGCGACGCGGAGGAAGAAACAGGCCUGCAGGAGAAGAAGGCUGGGAGCGACGGGCCUCCUCUGAACAUCCGGGGCGUGCUGCUGCACGUGUUGAAUGACGCGCUGGGUUCGGUGGUGGUGGUGGUGGCCUCGGCUCUGUUCUACGUGUGGCCCCUGGCCCCUGAGAGCCCAUGUAACUGGCAGUGUUAUGUGGACCCCAGUCUGACGCUGGUCAUGGUGGUCAUCAUCAUGUCGUCAGCCGCUCCUCUGGUCAAAGAGACGGCUGGGAUCCUGCUGCAGAUGAGUCCUCCUGACCUGCCGCUCACCGCCGUCUUGGAGAGCGUGUGCAAGCUCCCCGGCGUGGCGAGCGUUCACGAGGCUCAUGUCUGGGAGUUAGCUAAAGGACGGAACGUGGCCUCGCUGCACGUCAGAGUGUGCGCUGACCUGCAGGAUCCAGCUCUUCAGACGCAGAUCCAGCAGCUGUUCCACCUCGCCGGCGUCCACAGCGUCACGGUUCAGCUGGAGCGCGCCGACGGAGAGACGCCCUGCGGUCCUCCUGCCUCCAGAGACGUGAGCGAGAAACAGCAGCAGACAUCAGCCGAACACACCAAGUUCUGAAGCGCUUUCUCGAACAAACAGACCCCCUCGCGACUGUGCCUCGUGCCCUCUCAGACUCCAGCUAAUGACUCCUAGUGAUCGUUCUUCGUGAGGUUGAGACUCUGGUGGAAGAGGAGUCUGAUCAUCAUCUAAUUAAUCAGCAGCUUAUUUAUUGCUCCGAAUGAGAGACACGACCAGCUCAUAUUUCAGCCCAAAACAACAGGAUAAAACACAUAAUCAAGCCAAAGUCUCAUGAGUGUGAUGAAUGUAAACAUGAUGAUAGUGUUUGCCGCAGUGCCUCUAAUGCUUAUACUGAUAUAUGUAAUAAAUAAUAAUCUGUAUUACAGUAAUAUGCAAUUAUUGUUUCAAAAAUAUUUUUUAGUUUCUCUUGAUUUUGGGGUGAAAUUCGACCUGGAAAAUUUCAUGAGAUUCCUUCCAAUUUACAUUCCUUAUUGUUAUUUAUGACUUUUUGCUCUUAAUAAUCUUUAUAACUUCUUGGUAUUUCAGGGAAACACAGAAUUAACUGAUAUUUAGUUGUUGUUGUGAGAGAGAGUGUUUUUGUGUGAGUGUGUAUUUGAAAGAUAAUCAAAUGUACUUUAAAACUGUAUACACUAAUAUUAAACCUUUUGGUUGAAAUCAAAUUUAGCCUUUCUAAGUAAAGAGAUCUGAAUGGAUGUGAACAGUGAACUGCUCUGUUUAUUAAGAUGAAAUUCACCUGCUGAUCGAACGCUGUGUGGAGAAACAUCUUUCAUCACUGCAGCAGCUCCAAACUCACAUCAACUCUAAUCACAGGUGUUCAGAAUCACCAGCUGAUGAAGCACUAGAGGGCAGCAGAGAACUCUCUCUCUCUCUCUCACACACACACACA